AUGGUGUUUUACUUCCAAUAUGAAAAGGCGAGGUUGGAACGAAAAAGAAUUGUGGAAAUGAGCAAAGGCUAUGGCAAGCCGAAAGUUGGCGGUCCUUUCACAUUGAAAGACGUCAACGGGAAUGACUUCACCGAGAAGGACCUAUUAGGAAAAUAUUCUUUGAUAUAUUUCGGAUUCAGCCACUGUCCAGAUAUUUGCCCCGACGAACUCGACAAGAUGGGGGAAGCCCUCGACAUCAUACAAGAGAGGGAGCCAAACUCGGUGCGGCCUAUCUUCAUCUCUUGCGAUCCCAACCGUGAUACUCCAGAAGUCCUCCGGGCCUACCUUGCCGAAUUUCACCCUGCGAUAUUGGGUCUGGCUGGCACCUGGCAGCAGACAAAAGAUGUAUGCAAACAAUACCGAGUAUAUUUCUCCACGCCCCCCGAGUUGACGCCGGGCGAAGAAGAUUACUUGGUGGAUCACAGCAUCUAUUUUUAUGUGAUGGACCCGGAGGGUGACUUUGUGGAGUGUAUUGGCAGACAAGAUACGCCCGAGAGUGCCGCAGCGAUUGUGCUCCAGCACGUUCGGGAUUGGAAGAAAGAAGGCAAGCCCAUCGACAGAACGCUUCUUCCAUAUCUCAGCGAGAAGCAGUCUCCUUCGAGCGCCACCAAAUGA